GAUUUGAUCACUACACUAAAUUAAGAGAGAUAAAUAUUUGAACUUUAGUGUUCUAUGGCUGAUAACAAUAACAUUAACAACAACAGCGACGACGACGUCUAUACCGUAGACAUGUUUCAGCAAAACGGCAACUCCAACAGUUUUUCUGUCGACGACGAUGGCCGCCCUCAAAGAACAGGAACUGUUUGGACUGCGAGUGCCCACAUUAUAACCGCGGUGAUCGGAUCAGGAGUUUUGUCUUUGGCUUGGGCCAUAGCUCAGUUGGGUUGGGUCGCCGGUCCUAUUGUCAUGCUCUUCUUCUCCUUUGUCAUCUAUUAUACUUCCGGUCUCUUAGCUGAUUGCUAUAGAUCUGCCGAUCCCGAUUCUGGCAAGAGGAAUUAUACUUACACGGAUGCAGUCCGAUCUAAUCUCGGCGGAGUUAAGGUGAAGUUAUGUGGGUUUGUUCAGUACCUCAACUUGUUUGGAGUGGCAGUUGGAUACACAAUUGCAGCAUCUAUAAGCAUGAUGGCAAUCAAGAGAUCCGAUUGUUUCCACAAGAAUGGAGAAAAGAACCCAUGUAAAAUGUCGAGUAAUCCUUACAUGAUCUUAUUCGGAAUCACACAAAUCAUAUUCUCACAAAUUCCAGAUUUUGAUCAAAUAUGGUGGCUUUCAAUUCUUGCUGCUAUAAUGUCCUUUACUUACUCUUCAAUUGGACUUGUUCUUGGAAUAACUAAAGUCGUAGCAAAUGGAACUUUUAAAGGAAGUAUAAAUGGAAUCGCCAUUAAUGGAACUACUAUCACUAAAACAGUGAAGAUAUGGAGAAGUUUCCAAGCCCUAGGUGACAUAGCAUUUGCAUAUUCCUAUUCGAUUAUCCUAAUUGAAAUCCAAGACACAAUCAAAUCCCCACCAUCUGAAUCAAAAACAAUGAAAAAAGCAACCUUAAUCAGCAUCGGAGUAACAACAACAUUCUACAUAUUAUGUGGAUGCAUGGGUUACGGCGCCUUCGGUGACUCCUCGCCGGGAAACCUUCUAACCGGUUUCGGUUUCUUCAACCCAUUCUGGCUCUUAAACAUAGCAAAUGCCGCCAUUGUUGUUCAUCUAGUAGGCGCCUACCAAGUCUUCUGUCAACCCUUAUUCGCUUUCGUCGAGAAAUGGGCAGCAAAAAAAUGGCCGGAUAGUAACAUCAUCAACAAGAAAGUUAGUAUUCCGUUGAUCCCAUGUUACAAGUUGAACAUGUUUCGUCUGGUAUGGAGAUCGAGUUUUGUGGUGAUGACGACGGCGGUGGCGAUGUUGCUUCCUUUCUUUAAUGAUGUUGCGGGGAUACUUGGGGCAAUGGGUUUUUGGCCGUUGACGGUUUACUUUCCGGUGGAGAUGUAUAUUGUGCAGAAGAAGGUGGAGAAGUGGAGUAGAAAAUGGGUUUGUUUGCAAAUGUUAAGUUUGUUUUGUCUGUUAAUCACUGCUUUGGCGGCCGUUGGAUCUAUUGCCGGAGUUAUGAAUGAUCUUUAAGGUUUAUAAACCCUUCAAACCCAUGUUAUUGGAUGAAUUUUAAUUAGUAUGUAAUAAAUUAAAUGGGUUUAUUUGUAAAAUGGGCAACCAUUUUUAUUUUAUGAUCAUUAAUUAUAUAUGUAAUGUUUGGUCAUAUUAUAUAUAUAGCCCUAAAAAAAGCGGCUUUGCUUUGUUGGUUUAUAAU